AUGGGAUGCAAGUGGGAGGAACGCCAUCUCUGGUUGUACGUACUGGCCUUGGGGUUAGAGCGGAAGACUGUCGACGCCUCCCACUUGGUACUGGGACCAAAGAUGUUCAACAUACCGAAUAGCAGUGCGCUUCGCGUUAUUGCCACCUUCUUGUUUGAAAAGCUGGAUCCGGCUCGGGCAGCAAUGAUUCUCAGAAACUGUGUCUCUGCGGGUGCGUGUUUUACGAAGCAGUGUUUUAUAUGGCUGAAAGACAUUGAAAAGAAACACAAAGGCUGUCUUCAACAUGUUACAGCGUCUUCAUUAAUUUCUCCUGGAGGUUUUAAAUUUAUUCGUAUGUUCUAUUUGUUUGCAAAGCAUGUACUGGUUGAGGACAUGAAAAGGAAUUCUGUAGGCACUGAUAAACUUAUUGCCAAAGCUGUAAAGUUGAGAUGUAGGAAUAUGUACAUGGCAAAGGCAAGAUGCAGAGUUGCAUACAAUAAACUUCUGCAAAUUUUUCUAAAGGAACACUUCAUUAUUCAAGAAUAUCAGAAAAAAGCAUGGCUUUUAAUUGAAGCCAAAAACCGGAUAAAUUCUGAAUAUGCAGUCCUCCAAAUACAGUCUUGGAAGAUGAAACAAAAUACUGAAAACAAAAAUGACAAAACUGAGAGAAUUCAAAAGGUCCGCAGCAUGUGGAUGCUUAUAAUGGGAACGCUUACGUCUCUGAAAAAACAAAAGGAAGUUGUGGAUUCUAUACUUGAAGAUGGUGCCAUUUUGGAUGGAACUAAAAUUGUUGUCAGCGUUCCACAGUUUUUGAGUCACAAACUUGAAAACUAUGUGUACCAACAUUUUACGGGGAAUGCAUAUGAAGCUAAAAGCCUCAAUUUCGUAGCAGUUACCCAGUUAUUAAAUGAAGCCCUCAGGACAUUGAGAGAUGAACACUUUCAGUCUGAAUCAGAAAAAUGUCUUUCUGUACUUGAGAAUAAGCGUAUGUGCUACAAGAAAUCACUACAGGGUUUGAAAGUGUUGAGGCUAGAAAUAGAGCAACAGCAUCGUGUGUCAAUUGAAUCUAUUUCUAGAGAACAGGAAAACUGGAAAGUGAAGUGGAAAAGCUUUCUUGGCCUAUAUCCUUUUUAUUUCAGCUUAAAUCAGGAUCGAGAGUUAACAGCUGUUCAGCACCAUUCUUUUAGAGUUGCAGAGGAAGAUCAAGGUUUUUGUCAGCAUCUACUAUCAAUUUCAGAUGUUUUGGACCCUAUUACUGAAGAAAGUUGUGAGGAAGAUGAUGGGGCAUUAGAAACUGUGAUGGAUAAAUCAACACCACCACGUUUCUCUUCAGUGGCUUUGGAGGUGUCAAAAGCAUCUGAACACAGAGACUUGUUAACUGAACAGGACUUGCAUAUUAAAACUUGGGAGGUGGAAAAAAAGCCUGUGUCUCAAGACAUGUUAAGAAACGGAAAGGAUGAGUCUUCCAUUUCAGAAACGGUUGAGAAUGCAGGUUAUCCCGUCAAAAGCCCUCUUGAGAAAGCCAGAGAUGAACUGGCAGAAGUGGUUGCAGAAGCAGUGGUGUCUGAGUCGACUCUGACUGGUGAGAGAAAAGGAAUGGCAUUAGAAGAUCUUACUAUCUCAUUGUCUUUUGACCCAUUUAUAACAAGAAGACAAAUUCCCCGAACUCCAGAAAAUCUGAUUACAGAAGUCAGAAGAUCAUGGAGAAAAGCUAUUAAGACUGAGGACUCAUCAGACAUAAAGCUGAACCUACCUGAGGUAACAAUAGAAGAAGCUCCAGUGGAUGCUUACAUCUGUAAGAAGAUGGGAGACUCUAGAUUUGAGUGCUUUGACUCUGCAUCUUCUGUACCUGACUUUGAUCCUGCCUUGUCAGAAAGCAAGUCCCAGUUAAGAUCUACAGAAUUUAGACCUCAAAAGCAGAUGAGGAUAAGUCAUAUUGAAUCUCCAAUUUCAGAAUCAUCUGGAAUACAAGAAAGUGAGAGAAGUGAAGCACAGGAGUUAAAAGAUACUGUUUUGAACAACAGUUCUGUAGAUGAUCUAGAAGAGCAUACUUCUCAAUAUGUAAAGAGCAUCAUGAAUACUACAGGCGUAUGUUCAGAAAACACUUGUGGAACAAAUGUUCUACCAUCAGAGUGUUUUCAGGGUUCCUUAAUGAGUGGGAUGCUGUACUGGAAUGUAUCUUCAUUGUUAAAUUCUGUCAGUGAUGAAACUGCCUGCUUGGGGAUAUUGGGUGAGACAUUUGAAGGAUGUCUUGAAGGAGUACUUAGUAACACAGAUGCCAACCAGUCUUCAAGCUUUGAGUCUUAUUUUGAUGUAAUAGACAGCCCAGUAACAGGUGGCUCAAAAAAUGAGGAAGGUAUUGAAAGAGCAAAGCUACAUGUGCAGUCCAACCUACAUGAAGCACUGGAAAAGACGCCAUCUACGAGUGAAAAGGAGCUGCAUCAACUACUUAGUGGAGGUGAAUCUGUAAGCUCUGUAUCAUCCCCAAGUCUUGCACCAGAAAAAAGAGAUGAAUUUUCCAGUCCUCAAGAACUCUUCUUUUUGGAUGAAGAGUUUACCAAGAUGCCAACACCAAAAUCCCUUAAUGAAAUAAAAUCUUCUCUGUCAUCUUUGCUGGUAUCCUUUCGACAUCUGGAGGAAAUGGCAUCAAUGGUACUCGAAAUCCCAUUAGACUUAAAACAUAAAUUGAAAGAUAAAGAUGAUUUGGAUGAGAAGCCAGCCAUGAAGGAACCAUUGUCAAGAUAGAAUUAUGGUUAAGGAGAAACAUAAUUGUGUUACUAUGGUUGUGGAUCACUUGAGAGUGUAACGUCUUCUCUAAGCACUACCUGGAUGGAGAAGUUGCACUCCUGUUUUCAGCAGUCUG